AGUUUAUAAUGCUGGUUAAGGAAGAAAAAGAAAAAAAGGAAAAACAAUAUCAGGGGUGCAAAUACCACCAUUGCUCAGAGCUUUUGUGUAAUUUAUGCAAUUAGCCAAUCAGCUUACACCUUCCAGCUUCGAAAAUCGUCUCUUUCUCUAUUCAUUCACCCCCGUCUCUCACGUGAAAAUACAAAAAGAGACACAGUAGCGAUGGCAAAGCCGGUGCCUGAUUCGCACAGCAAUAGAGCAGCAGUUCAAGCGACAAACGACGACGCCUCAGCCAGUAAAUUGUCAUGUGUUAAAAAGGGAUACAUGAAAGAUAAUUACAUCCAUUUAUUUGUAAGACGACCUGUGAGGAGAUCUCCAAUAAUCAACCGCGGCUACUAUGCUCGCUGGGCUGCUCUUCGCAAGCUUAUGUAUCAGUUUCUUGAUUGUGAAAUGAACGGUGAUGAAAAAGGCCAUACAAAAAAGCAGAUACUGUCAAUUGGAGCUGGCUUUGAUACAACUUAUUUUCAGUUACAGGAUGAGGGAAAAGCACCAUCUCUAUACGUGGAGCUGGACUUCAAGGAGGUAACUAGUAAAAAGGCAGCAAUUAUUGAAUCCAGUCAGUUGAGGGAGAAAGUUGGUGCUUCAGCAUCAAUCUCACAAGAGAAAGGAGAAGUGUUUAGUGAGCAUUACAAGCUACUACCAGUUGACUUGCGUGAUAUACAAAAACUAGAUGAGAUCAUAACUUUGACAAAUAUGGAUCCCAGUUUGCCAACAUUUAUAAUUGCAGAAUGCGUUUUAAUAUACUUGGAUCCAGAUUCUACCCGUGCUAUAGUUGGUUGGACUUCAAAGACAUUUUCGACAGCAGUGUUUUUCUUAUAUGAACAGAUUCAUCCCAAUGAUGCUUUUGGGCAACAAAUGAUCAGGAAUUUGGAGAGUCGUGGUUGUGCACUAUUGGGGAUUUAUGCUACACCAACUUUACUUGCAAAGGAAAAGCUUUUUCUCGAUCAAGGAUGGCAGAGGGCUGUUGCUUGGGACAUGCUGAGAGUCUAUAGUGAUUUUAUUGAAGCUCAAGAAAGGCGCAGGAUUGAACGGCUGGAAUUAUUUGAUGAGUUUGAGGAAUGGCACAUGAUGCAGGAGCACUACUGUGUGACUUUUGCAAUAAACGAUGCCAUGGGGCUGUUUGGAAAUCUCGGGUUUCCUACCCAUCAGCAGCACGUGACAAGCAAUUCAUCAGCAGCAUCUCCACGAAAGACCAAGGAUUAAUACCAGGGGUGUGGCUGCUCUUGCUAAGUUCGGUUAAAGAAAUAGUAUGAGAAUAGCGCGUGCAACUGAUAGGUGCCAGUUAAACAGGUUAAGAGGCUGUCAGGUAAAAAAGUCUCUCAAGCUAGUAGUUAGUCUUUAGCUAAAAGUCUCCACAAGGAUUGAUGACUUGUGUGAAUGGAUCCCUGUGCAUUUGUUUGUCCGAUUCUAGAAGAUAGAAUCCUUUCUUUUUUUAUGCUAGCUGUUUAGCAAAACAAAGUCGUGGUGGGGCCCUACAGCACCGUACCGUGUCACACAAUGCCCUUGGCCUUGGGGGUCCAUGUCAUGUGGAAGAUAUAUGUGCUUUGUUGGGUGCCUUUUAUGCACUCCUAAUAUUUUAAUUUUCUUCUCCUCUCA